UGCUUCCGGUGUCAUGGCAGACGAAAGUUGAAUGUCAACAAAUUAAACCUGAAAAGUUUAUUUACUGUUAUAACAAUACCCCAACAUUGUCAGUUAUUCGGAAUACAUCAUGCUAAAGCGUUGUUUACCACCGAUGAAAAAUGUCUUGGUGCCAUCUGUACUUCGACCAUUAUUAUCACAAUCAAGUUGUAUUAAUGUUAAUCAAAUCCGGACUACUAUAAUAAUGAAAAGAAAACACCCAGUACAGUUAUUUAAAGAGGGCAAUUUACCUAGAAUUAAAAGAAGAAAUGAACUAUAUGAUAUAGUGGAGAUACAGCAUACCAAACCUACACCUGAUAUUAAAUGUAUUCUGACAGAGUAUGUGGAAGGUGUCGGAGGUAAGGGAGAUGUUGUGGAAAUUAAAAGGAGUUUGUUUAGAAAUCAACUUUAUCCCUUAAAGCUAGCUAUCUACGCUUCACCAGAAAACCUGGCAGAAAAUGAACUUUUAGUAAAGGAUAUGGCAGCCAGUAAUCAGCCAAGAUUAACAGCAUUUGCUAAAAAGACAAUGAAUAAACUAGAAAAAUUACAUUUACCUAUACCUAUGAGUGGUGAUAAUCCAUGGACAUUAAAUAAACAACAUGUUAAAUUAGCACUGAGAAAAGUUGGUGUUGAAGUAGAAGAACAUUGUAUAACUCUACCAGAGGAACCAAUUACACAAAAACAGGACUUGCAUAUUCUUAUCAGUGUUAAUAAUUUUGAACCUCAAAAAAUCGAUGCCUAUAUUCGUAUAGUUUACAAAGAUCCCUCCAAAAAUGAUUUAGAAGAACUGCCCCAAAUUUGGAGAGAAGAUGAUCAGUCAGAAAGCUGAUAUACUUUGAACAGGGCUGAUAUACUUUGAACAGUGUGUAUAUAAAGUAUAAACAAUUUCUUAUCGGAUGAUGUUAGUGGAAGUAUGUUCUUAGAUUGUGACUGCAGAAAGAAUUUAAUGUACGGCCAUGAAUUCAGAUGACGAUGAUAAUAUGUAGCUACAUUCUGAGUUUUAUCAAAAUGAUAAAAUAGAAAUUUUGUGUCAGGCUUUAAAAGCAAAUUGAAUUAUCCAUAUAAAGAAUUAAGAACUUCAAAAUAAAUUAAUUCUAAAAUAUUAUCAUUUACAACCAGUCAUGAAGGAUUAAGAUUUAGAAAGUCAAAAGGUAUGAUGCAACUGAUGUGGGAGAUUUUAUUGCAGCUAUAUAUCAGGAAUUGUCUGUUUCAUUAAGGUGACUUAAGAUGUUGGCUGAAAUUUCACUUAUCCGUUCAAAUUGGAUCUGUUCUACCACUAUACAUAGUGUGGGCAUUGUUUGACCCGUGAAUUCACGACAAAUUAAUUUUCUCUAAUAACCUUUGAAGAAUGUUCCUCAGCCAAGGCAAGUACAGCUUCUAGUCGUUGUGAAGAUAUGGAAAAACAAGGUGAUUGAGGCUUUAAACCAUGUUUUGAAAUAAAUUAUGCCAAAAAAGUAAUAUAGAAUUGGUCUGGAUAGGUACAUAUGCAUUUAUGUUUAGUAUAGAUUAAAAUCACACGGAACAUU